AUGUCCUCUUCCAAACUGAACGCCCUAGCGGAAGAUAUUGCCAAGGACGAAGGCCGCUUUCCAGGCAGCGAUGAUGAGGAUAGCGCUGGUGAUAUGUUUUGGACCGAUACUUUUGGAUCCAGAUUCGACGAGAUCAUGAAUCCUGAGCGGAGCGGUGAUGAGGAGGGCGUUAGGUAUGAUGAAGAUAGCGCUAGUGAUGAGUGCGACGGCACGGAGAUAUCCCUCUCCUGGACCUUGGAAAUAACGAUCGAGGGGAUCAAACGGAUCACUAUCAGCCAGAAUAUCCCUACGUUCAGCAUGGGUGGGGAGGAGGAGAGCAGUGGUGAGGAUAGCAGUGACGAGGACAGUGGUGAUGAGGAGGAUAGUAGUGAUGAGGAGGAUAGUGGUGAUGAGGAGGACAGCGGUGAUGAGGAGAACAACAAUUAUGUGGUCUACUUCACAUCGUGGUAG